AUGGACACUUGUUAUUCAACCCCUAAGCGCUACCACCAUGACGUGUUCCUCAGCUUCCGGGGCGAAGACACGCGCUACACUUUCACCGGCCACCUCCGCCACUCCCUGCACCAGAAGGGAGUCGACGACGAUGACCUGUUAAAUUGUGAUCUCCAUCGUUGUGCUGUCGGAGAACUAUGCCGGUUCGCCUGGUGUUUGAACGAGCUUGCAAAGAUCACUGAGUGUUGCCGUCGUGACGAGGAGAAGCAAGUGAUCGGGCCGGUGUUCUACCUCGUGGAGCCUUGGCAAGUGAGGCACCAGAAAGGCGCCUUCGGCACGGCGUUUGAGAAGCAGGAGCGCAGAUUCAGCGAGAACGCCGAGCGGGUCAUGAAAUGGAGGGAGGCGAUGAAGAGCGUCGCUAACCUUUCCGGGUGGAAAUUGAAGAAGAAUGAGUGUGAGUCGACAUUCAUUCAGUCACUCGUCAAAGAUGUAUUGGGCAAGCUGCAUCCCAAAUCUCUGCAUGUUGCUGACUUUCCAGUUAGUUUGCAACCGCAUGUCGAUCUGAUUAAUUCAAAGUUACAGUGGAACUGCGUCGUGGGGCUCUGUGGGAUAGGUGGAGUAGGUAAGACGACUGUUGCUAAAGCCGUAUAUAACCUUAUUGCUGAUCAAUUUGAAGGCAGUUGGUUCCUCGCCAAUGUUCAAGAGAAUUCCAAGCUUGGGGGUCUAACUCGAUUACAAGAAGCUCUUCUUCAUGAAACAUUGAGGGAUGUCAACUUGAAGAUUGACAAUGUUGAUCAAGGAAUUCACACUGUAAGGGAUAGACUUAGCCAAAAAAAGGUUCUUGUCAUAGUUGAUGAUGUGGAUCACUUAGAUCUAGUCAUGGCCACGGGCCGGUUUCGGCCCGGAACCGGUCCUGUCAAACCCGGACCCGACCUGUUGACCGGACCAGCGGAUGCUCUUCAGCUCUUCUGUUGGAAUGCUUUUAAGGAAAUCCAUCCUGGAAUCGAUUAUGAGAACCUCUCAUAUGUGUUGAUAAAUUAUGGUAAAGGACUUCCGUUGGCCCUCAUAGUAUUAGGUUCCUUUUUGCGAUGUAGAAGCAUAUCUGAAUGGAAGAGCACACUGGAUAAAUUGGAAAGAAUUCCCCAUGAAGAGAUCUACAACGUACUCAAAAUUAGUUUUGAUGGAUUAGAGGAACAGGAGAAGUUCAUUUUCCUUGACAUUGCUUGUUUCUUAAGGGGGAAGAGUAAAGACUACAUCAUGAAAAUUUUAGAUGCGUGCGACUUCAAUUCGUUGAUUGGGAUACAUAUUCUCAUAGAGACGUCUCUUGUAAGCAUUUGA